GGCUGUGCUUUGGGGACUGUGGGCAGCAGCUCUCAGUGCCCAUCCCUACAGCCAUCACCUGCAUUUCCCUGGCCUGCCUGGCUCAGGCAGCCAGGGUCCUGCGAGGCGCACGCGGAGCAGCGGAGUGCGCAACUUUCAUCACUGUGGUGCUGGUGAGAGGGGAUAUCCUCAUCUUCAGUCCCCAGCAGGCCAGAGCGUGAAGAUCAUGGCAGCAGAGCAGGCAUGGAUGUGUCCCAUCUGCCGUGAUGGGCGAAAGGACACUGCCUAUGCGGUACCUUGCUGCCACGAGUUCUGUAUGGGCUGCAUCCUGCGGUGGGCCAAGCAGAACAACAGCUGCCCUCUCUGUAGGAGGGUCAUGACUGUCAUCAAAGUUGCUGAGUGGGACAAUGAUGAUGAGCUGGAUUUCAUGAUCUGGCCCCCAGCACAGCCAGUACCUGCCUGCUUCCAUGCAGGCACUGCUCCUGGCUACAGCCCCCACAGCUCUUUGCCAUCCCCUUCGCUGUCCCCUUUGCCAUCCCCUCUGCCCUUUCUGCUGUUGCCAGAGGAGCAGGAGGGUGAGGAGGUAGAAGAGCAGGAUGCUGAGGAGGCAGAUGAAGAGGGGGCUGAGGAAGCAGAGGAGCAGUGGGCUGAGGAGGCAGAGCAGCUGCAGGCUGAGGAAGCAUAUGAAGAGGAGGCUGAAGAGGCAGAGCAGCUGCAGCCUGAAGAAGCAUAUGAAGAGGAGGCUGAGGAGGCAGAGGAUGGGCCUAUAGUGGGUGGUCUCCUGCCUGAGGUCUGGGCAGCUCUGUUCAGGCAGCACCGGCAGAUCCUGGACCCUGUGCUGCCCUGGCUGCGGCAAGAGCUGCGAGUCAUCUUUGGGACACAGUGGUGGCCAGCACUGUCAACAGAGACCAUCAUCCUGAAUGCCCUGUGCAGCAUUGGGCUGGACAGCGAGGCCCUGGUCCAGCAGGUGUGGCCUCUCCUGGAGGACAGAGCAGAGACACUCAUCCAGGGACUCACUGACACCAUUGUGUGCCAGUGCGGUGAAGAGGCCCAUAGGCAGCUUGGCCUCCAGGAUGCUGACGUGUCCAGGGAGCAGGAGGACAGCCCUGUGGCCGCUCCUAGCCCCGCAGCCUCCCCACAAGUGACCCUCACCUCACGGCCUGCAAGUCCCAACACGGAGGAGCUGCCCAGCACACCAGAGGCUGUCCCUCGUGGCGGCCCCCUUCACUGCCCCGCUAUGCACAUCCCGAGGGAAUCGGAGGAGCCCCAUACGGAGAUGGAGCAGGACACAGCAGCAGGUCCCUCUGCUCUGGGCAACAGCUCCUCUGCUCCUGGCCAACCCCCUGGGAGGACCCGGCAGCCACCUAAGAGAAGGGCCAACAGUGACGAUGACCCAGACCAGCCCUGCAAGAGGCUGCGCCGUCAGCAGCACUAGCAGCCUCUUUAAUUAAAAAAUAAAAAAAGAUUAUUCCACAAAGUCUCAGUUUUACUCAAAACAGAGCUGGCAAUCCACAUGCACGGUGCUGCUUUCUCCCCCUCCAUCAACCAUCCCCACCAGACCAUCAUGUUUAUACAACUUAUUUUAUUUUGUCCUUACAGAUCACAGAGCACUUAAUUUGUUUUUUUUCUGAGGAGAGAUGCUGAAUACAUUAAUGAUCAGCACUCUCCACUACAAGAAUAAGGAAAAGAAGCAGAUUUUAGAAGGAGUCCAAAACAUAACCAUAAUGACCAAUGUCAUCGCAACAGCUAUACUUGGACUGGCCUCUAGGCUGUAAGAUGUUAUUCAAAACACACAAGAAACAUGUGUGGGUAUCCAUUCAACCUGAGAUCCUUUCGAAGUGUAAUCUCACAGCUUUAAAUCAAUGACAGCGAACCUACCAACAGCAAUUAAAAAAUAAGCAUGCCGAAUUCUGAUACAGAAUGGCACUCAAAGUUGGUGUCAGUUCUGUAACUGUGUCUGCUAACCAGACAUACUCUGGUCUGCAGAGAUUUCUAGGUAAAAAGAGAACAAGGUGGACAAAUGUGAAUAAGAAUGAAAUGAACAAAAAUACGUGUUUGUCAGAUUCUGAUGUGCUUACUCAGACUUACUCAGACCAUACUCUCUAUGCAAAGUCCGAUUCAAUAGCAGUACUUACAUAAUAAGAUAUUAUUCAGCAUAAGAGCAUCAAGACUAUUCUGAAAAACAAAACUAUGUGAAAGGUAUUCAAAUUGCCAGUAAGGAAGCUGUACUGCAACAAAUGCUGAGCAUCUUCUUAUCCCAUUUUCUCUCUGCACACAGGAGCUGGCAACCUACCAGAGGUAUGCUGACACAGGAUCAGGCAGUAUCUAAGAAAAAUCUUGGUAUAUCUUUCAGAAGUACUAUGUGCUCAGUGGAAUCAACUUUUGGCAGAUUUCCAUCUUCUAUUCCAACAAACAGAAAAAAAAAACGUGCCAACAUUGCAGAAAAAAAGACGAAACCAACAGGAAAAGUUUCUGCAAAUCAGCUGCAGCCUACCAAUGUGCUCCACAUAUUUUGAAAAUCGCUGUGUUUUUACUAUUUACUCUUUCAACUUAGAAAUUUAAAAAUGAAUCACUGGUAGGAAAAAAAGGGGAAAAAAAGCAAGGAGACAGAGAGUGAAAAGAAAGUAUUAGUGUGGUACACCCCCUCAUUUAACAAAUUCUACGAAAGUCACACUUGUAGUACAGUCCAGACCAGAAGGAGAAUGGCUGAACUUAAUACAAAGGUAGUUUGUGCCAUUUGGUAUAAAACAGUCAGAACUAAUUUAAAUCACUCAGCUUUCCCCGCAAAAGCUACAGAUGAUAUAGAAACUCAGUCUUUAAUUUUGAACCUGUGUAAC